CAACCUUCAGCCAUUCCAGAUGCAUCGUGACCCUCCACUAGCAUGACAUGAGAGGCAGGCUGAACGUUUUCAAUUCGAUGUCCUUUGCACUCCCAUUAUAUCCCAUUCAUUUUUUGAUGGACGAUCGUGCUCUUGCGCUAACAGUCAUCCAACGAAAGGAGUGACUUGACGCCAUAGACGGCCAAAAGUGUGGUCACAAGGCUCAGAUCCAGCCCGGACUAUGACUUGUCGCUCCUUCAGGCUCGAAACAGUAUAAAGCUACGACCGUCUACCAGCUGUUCGUCUCUGAGAAGACCAUUCUAUCACAAUCGUAACUAUGGCGGUCGUCCUUGAUCCCAUCGACCUGCCUCCGCCUCCCGAGCCGAUCACUAUCCCACAAGCUAUAGAUGACCUUCUAAUCACACUGGCUCGAAUCCGACACAAACUCAGGACUCUGAUCGACUGGUACAUCUACCCGGACAUUGUGCCGAACGAAAUCAAAGCGUACGAUCCGCGUCUCUUGAUCUUGCAAGCACGGCUCGAGUCUCUCGGGGCAUUAUCCUACGAUCAUCUGCCCUACAUCACAGACAGUUCAGACGCUAUGGCUGCGCAUUACCUGGACCAGGCCGUUGAACAGAUGCUCAACUCCGUGCACGGCAUUCAAAAGAUCUUUGUGAAUCACUACGACCGCGACCUUGAAGAUAAGAGGCCCUUCGCCGCUAUCUGGGAGACCCUGACUUACCGCAGCCUGCAACUCAAAGAAGUCCCCAAACUUAGUCCCAGCAACCCCCGGCACGCGAGACCCGAAGAUCUGCGCCCGAACGAGCUGGGCAAAUUUUGCCGUGGUGCGUUGCAGCUCAGCAACAGACGCGACAAAGGGCGCAUCUCGUUUGUCGAGAGGAAAGACCUAUCUGAGGAAAAUCGUCAGAAACUCAAGGCUUUCGGAGGAGCCUUCCUGAACUGGGAGUGUCCGGAGUGCUCCUACAAGGUCAGAUAUCAUGUCGCCAACAGCGCAACGUCCAACAUCCACACCACCGACGAGAUUCGCGAGCACAGCGGGCUGAGGAUCCAAUACCGCAGCUCGUUCCUGGCGAAGUGCCAUCUGUACCUGCCUUUGUCGGACAAAAAGUCCGCCUCGCCGUCAGCAAUCAAGUACGGCUGUGUGUUCUGCUUCGCAGGCGGGAAAGAUCUGGAACGAGAUAAGACUGCUUUCACCAAUCCACAAGCUUUUGCUGAGCACAUAGACCACAAGCAUAAGAAGUCGCCGCUCCCAGCCUUGCUGCUGCAUCGCUACGACGUAGCCAUUGCCGGUAGGACGGACGACCCUAGGAAGCGAUGGGACGUCAACCUGCUUUGAGCAGGAAGGGUACAUCAGUGGGUGGUCAUGCAACUGGGGCAGCUGAGAUCCCUCGAGUGCCUGCUUUUUACCUUUUUCAUUCACUGAUUGAUAACGGCGGUUCUGUCAUGCGAAUGGUUUUUUGGGGAGUGGGCGUCUCAGAAUGUUAUC